ACUCGACGUAACAAACGCAGAGACCCGUAAAUGGAGGAAAACAUCCCAGUGAAGCUGGAACAUGGAAACUCCCAGUUCCACCAGAAGAACUUCCCACAGGCAGAGCAGCUGUUCUCUCAGUUCAUCACUUCCUGUUUGCUCUCCAGGAAGUGUGAUGCUGCCAGUUUGGCCAGAGCUUAUAACAACCGCGGUCAGAUAAAGUAUCUCCGGGUGGAUUUCCAUGAAGCGAUAGAGGAUUACACUGCUGCUAUCCAGGCUGACGGUCACUACGAAGUACCUUUCUACAACAGAGGACUGAUCCGAUACAGACUGGGUUUCUUUGACGACGCCGUGAGUGACUUCCAGCAGGCGUUGAAGCUCAACCCAGAGUUCGAAGAUGCCAAAGUGAGUCUGCAACAGACGCUUCUGGACCGGCAGGAGAAGACAAACAGAGGAUACUGACCUUCUCAUAAACUACAGACAGCGAGUUUUAUAUGACCUGAAGUCUGGUGCUCAAACAAAAGAUACCGUCAUUGUCAGUUUGGUUUUAUUUAUUUUGUCUGAAGUUUUCAUUGUUGGAUCUAAAGAUGUUUUAUCAUGUGUCACACACACAUUGUAGCUGAAAAUCAGACGAUGGCUACAAAGCACAUUAUCUUUUGCUGUUUGUGCACAUGACAGGAGGAAGUGGACACUGGAUCAGGCGCGACGCUGAUAUGGAUUUUUAUUAAGCAGAGCAUUUUUGAUUCCUUUCUUGCGCAAACUCCAGCCUCUUUCAGUGGGAAAAACAAUAUAAUGGCCUCAUAAAUGAAAGUAUAUCAUCGCAUAAGUCUGUGAAUGGAGAGUGCAGACGAAUCGACCGAGCUGCAGCAGGCAAAACAACAGACGUGGGUUUUACUGUCAGUAAUAAACGUUUGUUCCCCACCUUGAAGUCACUGGGAGGAUGUUUGUGACCAUAAGCAAACAAUAGUCAAAUGUUAGAACCGAGUAAUAAUGAGGAGUCUCAAAGGAAGACAAGUGUUUAUAUUGGUGCAUGAUUUUAAAGAAAGAUUUUAAGGCAGGGCUAAAACAAUCUGUUAACCCUGCAUUUUUUUAAAUAAUCAAAUAUAUAAAUAUCUGUGGUAAAUAAUUAUGUAUAGAUUUGAAGAACUAGCCAAGUGAGUAAAAGAAUACAUUAAUCUAUGAACUAAAAGAAAACUUAUUGGAAACUAUUUUUCGAUAAUGUAUAGAUAAUUCAGAUCUUGUUUUUCAAGCUAAAAAAACUAGAGAUUGGCUCAUUCAUAAUUCUGAUGUGAAUAUUAAGUCUUUCAAAUGUAGACUUUUGUGACGAAGAGUAUAUAUAUACAUUUCUGAUGUCAAACACAUCUAAGUUUGUACAUAAUCAGUGAACAAUAAAUUAUUUUUCCUGCACACAA